AUGAACGAAGGAUAAAAUAAAUAUUCUAAGCAAGCCACAAAAACAUUUUAGUCACAGUAUAAAAAUGGAAUAAGUGGUAUUUUAGAAGAUUCAGCAAAGCUUAUAAAAUAAGGUUUGUACAGGAAAAGCUUUUUACACAUGGAUAGAUUCUUUAACAAAAAUUACAAAAAAAUUAAUAUAAAUGAAAUAGAUUUGUUAAAAUUUUGUAGGAGAAUGCUUUAUUGCAUCUUUAAGAUACUUGAUUAAUAUAAACUUGAUGGAUAAAUAGCUGUUAAAAAGUAAUCAGUUUAACUUUUGAGCAGAGGAUACUAUUUCAUAGGAUUAUGGAAAAAAAUAUUGAUGAAUAUUUUAAAUAUUAAUAAGAGCUAUGAAUAAUUUAGCGAUAAUAGCUUCGACUCCUAAGACUCGGACUAAAUUUUAUUCAAAAAUGAAGAACAAGAUUCUUAAAAUAUGCCUAGCCUUAACUCUAGUCCUAUAAACUUCAUGAUAGCUAGUAAAAAUGACUAAAUAACUGAGACUGAAGAUGUUGAAAGUCUUACUUAAUUGCUUAAUCUAUCAAAUGAUAUAAUAAAUUAUUAGGAGAUUAAAAAAAUCCCAAAGAAAUAUAACAUUUUAGUAUAAAUUGAAGAGUUCUUGCUGAACUUUCUACAAUUAAUUUCUAAGACAAUCUUAUAUUACACAGAGGCAAAAGACUCUAAAAUGGUUUUAAGUUUAUAUUAAUUAACUGAAAACUUAAUUAAUAUGCCUGAGCUUCAAAGAUCAACAAAAUAUAAAUUUCUUGAUAUAUCUUUUCAAAUAAAGAUGAACUAUGCUUCUUUACUUUUUUAAUAAGAAUAAUUUGAAAGCAGCAAGUUGGAAGCCUAAAAAGCUUAUUAAAUAGCCAGCAAUAUGGUUAACCUUUAACUAAAUAAAGAUUUGUAGUAGAAAAAAUUAAUAGAUGGAAAGAGUGAUCCUUUGUAGUUAAGAAAAAGUAUUGCUAGAUAAGAAGAAAAUGUAAAAUUCUUAAUAACAUCAUUAGUACUACUAGGAUAAAUAAAUGAGUAAAUGUAAAAUAUUGAGAAAUUUUCUGAAACAAUUCAUUUAAUAAACUGGCUGGUAAAAGUAUUUUUACCUCAUAAUUCUGACAUGAGGCAUAUAAAAUAGCAUUUUAUUGAUCAAUUCAAUUAAAAAUACAGCGACUAUCUAUUAUAGACUGGAGAAGUAACCAAGAUAUUAAAGCAAGUAUAUAACAGUGAAAGAAACAUACUCCUAAAUUAACAUAAAGAUCAAUAAAUAGAAUUAGAGAAAGGAGAAGCUUCAAAUAGAUCUUUUUAAGAAAAAAUUAAUAACCACAUUUAUGAAAAGUAUAAACACAAAGAGUUAAAUGCAUCUUAAUUUAUAGUAUCUUAUAGCAAAUCAAAAGAAAUGUAAAAAGAUGAAAAAAAGCAAUAUUAACUAAUGGCUAAAUAAAGAGAUAGCAUCUUUGUUGCUAGUGAAAUGAAUUCUCAGAUAAACUAUUUCGACUAAGAAUAAUCUACAGCAUACAUUUCUAAAAAAGAUAGCGUGUUGCAAGCACAGACAGCAGAAGAUGAUAUGAGUGCUUCUAUUUAAAAAAGUAAAAUGUAAGAACUAUAUUUCUUGUCAAAUAGCUUUGAGCCAUCAUUGCACAACAAAAAUUCAUAAAUACAUGAUCAUAUUUAUAUUGAUGAUGAAAUGAUGCUUACUUCUUCAAUUUAAAUACAACAAAAUAGCUCUUCUUUUAAAGCUUACCAAAAUAGCUUACUUACAAAAUCUAAUAAAGUGUCAGGAAAUAUAAAAAAUCAAAUCAGACCAAAAUCGAGCUAUUUAAAAUAAACUAUUGCAAAACCUAAAUUGCUACUAAAAAGUAGAUAUUUCCCUGAUGAUAACACUGAAAAAGAAAACAAAAAAUAAAAAUUUGCAACAGAAUAAAAUGAGAAAUUCACUGAUAUCUAUGAGAUGUUUGGAAUUAAAAGACCAAAACAUGUGAGUGACUAAUUAAAUGAUCUUGAUUCUUAUACAGGAUAAUUGAUAUCAGAAAAAAUAUCUCAAGUUGAGCAAUUUAAUCCACUAUCUAAAGUAAUUACUUAGUGUAGCUAAGAGCUAAAGGAUUCAUAAUUUGAUUAAAAAGAGUUUGGUCAUUGUAGAAGGUUAAUAGAUAAUAAAAGAAUUUUUGGAAAUGGAACUACUCUAGAAAGUGAUAAAGGUGAAAAUAAAAAAGAUGUUCAUAUUUUAGAUGCAAAGAAUAAAAUUGAUUUAGAGGUUAAAUAGGAAGCUUACUUAGUAACUAAUCAUAUAGAGGCCUUUAAAUCAAUAGAAGAACUUAAAGAUUUUCGUAAGCAAUAAGUAUAAGAAAGGUUGUAUUAACAAAGUUUAAGAAGUCAAAAGAUUAACUUAAAAAAUAGACUUCUUAAGCAUUCAAACACUUUAGGUUUCUUGAAUGUGUAUCAAUAGUAGUAAUAAAAUUAAAAUUAACAUCAUAACUUGAAAAUGCAUGUGGCAACAAUUCAUGAAAUUAGCAGAGACAAAUUUUUAGCUACAUAGGAUUCAUCAGAAGAACAAGAUGCAAAGUAGUAAGAUAUGAAAUAGAUUUUAUAAAAUAAUGAAAAGAACAUUAAAGAGUUCUUAAAUUAAGCAGAAAAUGUUAGCAGUUUAAGCAUAAUAUAACUGAAGAAAUUAGCUAAAUAGCAAGUUAAGCAAGAAUCUUAGUUAAUUGAUUAGGAUCCAAAACCUAAAAUUCCUACCCACAUUAUACCUAUAAAGUAAGAUACUAAUAGAGAGGCACUAUUGAAAAGUUGUAAAGGAUAUCAUCAAAAUCUAGUUUCAAGACAUAAUUAGCUGGCAUUAAGCACUAUGCAUUUGAAUUUAGUGAAUGAAGCUAAAUAUGCCUCUAACUUAGCAGAUAUCAUAUAAAUCAAAAUGAAAAUCAGUAAAAUGGACUCAAACAAAUCUACGAGUAACAGGAGCAUAAGGAAAUCAAUAAUAGCAAACUUAAGCAAUCUUACAUAAUUUUAAAAACUUACAAAAUUUGAACAAAACAAAAAUAUUUCUCAUUCUUGA